CCCACUCACUCACUCGUCGCUUCCAGCAUCCCAAGCCCAAACCCUCGAUCCCCUUUCUCCACCACGGCCGCCAUGGCGCCGCCGCAGCCGCCGCUGGCCUCCAUCCCCAUCCCCGACGACCUCCUGGAGGAGAUCUUCCUCCGCCUGCCCACCCCGGACGCGCUCGCCCGCGCCUCCGCCGCCUGCACCUCCUUCCGUCGCGUCAUCAAAGGCCGCGCCUUCCGCCGCCGCUUCCGCGGGCUGCACCGGCCUCCGCUCCUCGGCUUCAUGGACGCGGCCGGAUUCCACCACGCCCAGGCGCCGCACCCCUCCGCCCCGCUCGCCGGCGCCCUCGCCCCCCGCGCCGCCGAUUUCUCCUUCGUCCCGGCCGUCGUUUCUUCUUGCUCCUACUACGUCCCGCCGGGCGUCCAAGACGACGGGGAAGGCCCCCGCUGGCGCCCCCGCGACGUCCGCGGCGGCCGCGUCCUCCUCGAUUGGAUCUCCCUCCACCCCCGCACCGUGCGCAUUUGUUGCUACCACGAAGACGACGCCGAAGUAAGCAUCCUCAUGGACGUUAAUGAGCUCACCCCGCGUGACCGCCCCACGUGGACCGAACGGGAGCGGUGCAACGCCGCCGACUUCCACCUCGCCGUCUGCGACCCCCUGUCCAGCAGAUACGUGCUGCUUCCAACCAUACCUGAAGACCUCGCCGCCCAGCCGCAAGAUUCUCUUUGGGAGUUCGAGCCUGUACUUGCUUCAAACACCAGCGAGAAUGGGGAGGAGGAACCCUUCAAGGUGAUAUGCAUAGCAAAAUACCAGACCAAGCUCGUCCUCUUUGUCUUCCCGUCCACAACUAUGCAAUGGUGUAUGGUGGAGUCUCCUGUCCUCCCUUCUUUGGAUCAGAUGUCCUGUUUUGACUGUGUGCGCGGUCGCUUCUACUGGACAGAACCUUAUACUUGGAGCGACCAUUUGAUGGUGCUGGACACGUGCACCAUGAGGUUUUCCACUGUCGAUCUUCUCACCGGUUACCAUCAGGAGCUCAGAGAUCUGCACCACCAGAACUCUUAUCGUGGACGUCCGAAUUCAGUUGUUACGGGUAGGGAAGGAACCCUUGAGAUGUUUUCUCUUGUCCGUGAGAAUGGCUACUUUGCUCUCUACCAUACCUCUCUACAGAAUAAUUCCCAAGAAUGGAAGCUCGAGAAGGUCAUAAGCCUGCCAGGGCAGUAUCAUGACUAUUCCAUUUCCACAGUGGGUGCAGCUGAGGGAUUCUUGUUCUUCCAAGGCGCUCCAAAAGGUAUUCGUAUUGAGAAUGUGGAUUGUUACUCAAUGGAGGUCAAGACUUAUGAAAUUACCAAAGUCUGUACAAGGAUGGAGCAGUUCCUCAAUCGCAAACGUGCUCUCCCCUGCUUUAGCUUCCCGCCGCUGUUAUUGGAACCAACUAUCUGAUCAACUGAUCAGAGCUCGCUAGCUUGAUCUUGCUUGGGCCAUACAUCUGGAGUAGGAUGGCGGAUGUUCAAGGUGGCGAUGAUGUAGUAUGACAUGUCCGUAUCAAGUAGUAUGUAAGCAGGAUAUGUUGUCAGCAAGUUGAAUUUGACCAGCACUGAUGUCUAAGACUUUGGUUUAUGUUGCGUACUGAUUUUUGUGUUGGAACCUGGAAGCUUCGGUUUUAUCUGCUUGGGUCCUGCCUUUCAAUAUAUGUCCUUAGUUGAGAGCAUCAGGUCCUCUAUCAAUCAAUAUUCUCAGGAAUUUAAGAAACCUUCUCCAUGUUCAAAAGGCUGAAAGCAGGGGGCAUAAAAAAGGCCUCUGUGCGCACCUUCUGCUCUUCCGUCAGCUUGACUUUGCUCGGCUUGCUGCCACAAUCAAUACCUCCAUCCUGAUGCUUCUCUGCCUCUCUUGGAGCCAAGGGUUCUCCAGAGCUUACCUCACCAGGUGUGAUUUCCAGGCUCCUAUUGUAUCAUCAGCAAUAAAAUAGCAUCACAAGUCCGCAAAACAUUCAUACUGAACAACAAAGUCCAAACACUAAUGUGCAGAGUGGCUAGGCACGGCUUUCGUGUUAUUUUUUGGGAAGUUUCUAUUUCAUUUUUGUUGAUGAGAUGAAUCACGUUGAACUUAGAUGUCUCUUUACUUACAGCUAACAACAACUGUGUCAAGUUCAUCAGGAUUGGGUCUUUAGGAUGAAAAGGAAUUAUAAAAGAAGCCACACGAUCCAUGUACGAUCAGAAUUUAUGAUCAUGUUGGUGAGGGGUUUUCUGCAACGUUCCACCACAUUACAACCCGGCCCCACUUGUCAGAAAGUGAUGAAACGGGCUAAAUCACCCGACCAGUGCUUUUUGCAAUGACUUAACAAAUUUUCCGGUGUUUUCUGCAACGGAUUAACGAGUUGGUGGUUUUCUGCAAACCUAGCCACAAAUGUGGUGGUUUCUUGCAAUUGACUCUACAUUCCAGGAUCAAGGCAUCUACAGCUAUGAAAUAUUUUCAACCUGUCCUCACUCCCACUAUCUUGAUUGGGAAUUCACUCUAUUGGUCGUAUGUUCUUGGCGGAGCUUGCAUAAUUGAGUUUGAUUUGGACACGCAGAGGCUGGCACUGAUAGAGCCGACGCCAAAUGCAUAUGCCCACGACGAUACCGUUUUCGCGGUUAUGCCAGCUGAAGAUGGUGGCCUUGGCUUAAUCGUUGUGUUGGGCUUCGGCGCCCAACUAUGGAAGUGGAAAGCUGGUGUUCGUCAUGAUGAUGCGACAUGGGUUCUCGGAAGGACUGUUGAACUAGACAAGCUUCUUCCUCUAGGAGCAGCAGGCAAGAGGAAGCCUCUAGCCUUAGUGGGAUUCGACGAGGAAAACAAUGUGACCCUUGUAAGGACAUCUUGUGGCAUCUUCCUGGUCCAUCUCCAGUCAAUGACGUUUAAGAGACUCUGCAACAGUGGCAGCGCCAGGGAUAUCCAUAUCUACAAUGCAUUCUCAAGUUUCUAUGAUGCAGGUAAUACACAUGACAAGAUCUGAGCUCGCUAGCUUGAUCUUGCUUGGGCCAUACAUCUGGAGUAGGAUGGCGGAUGUUCAAGAUGGCGCUGAUGUAGUAUGACAUGUCCGUAUCAAGUAUCGUAUGUAUGUAAGCAGGAUAUGUUGUCAGCAGGUUGAAUUUGACCAGCACUGACACCUAAGACUUCUUUUUAUGUUGUGUACUGAUGUUUGUGUUGGAACUUGGAAGGCUUGGGUUUUAUCUGCUUGUGACCCGCCUUUCAAUCUAUGUCCUUAGUUGAGAUGAUCUAUUUAUCAGUAACUUAGAGUGAGAGAACUUAGCUUUUA